AUGUCGUCCACCAUGGCGGUUUACCUUCUCUCUACCAUGGGAGGGUACUUGGUGACUUCAUUCUUGUUGCUUAAAUACCCGACCUUGCUGCACCGGAGAAAGAAGCAGCGAUUCCUCAGUAAGCACAUCUCUCACCGCGGAGGUGCUGGAGAAAAUGUGGAGAAUACAAUGGCAGCCUUUCAACAUGCAGUUUCUGUUGGAACUGAUAUGCUAGAAUUGGACUGCCAUAUCACAAAAGAUGAACAAGUUGUAGUGUCACAUGAUGAGAAUCUAAAGGAAUCAACUGGAGUCAAUGUAAACAUCUCUGAUCUCAAGUACUGUGAGCUUCCACCUUACCUUGGCAAACUAGAAGUCACAUUUCAAAGAGCGUGCCAAAGUGAAGGAAAAGAUAAGCGAAUUCCAUUACUGAAGGAAGUUUUUGAGGCCUUUCCUAACAUUCCCAUUAACGUCGAUAUCAAAGUCAACAACAAUAUGCUGAUUAAGAAGGUUUCAGAGUUGGUGAAGCAGUAUAAACGAGAACACAUAACAGUGUGGGGUAAUGCCAGUUAUGAAAUUGUAGAAAAGUGCUACAAAGAGAAUUCAGAUAUUCCUCUACUUUUUAGUCGACAACGUGUUCUGCUCAUUCUAGGCCUUUUCUUCACUGGUCUCUUGCCCUUUGUGCCCAUUCGAGAAGAGUUUUUUGAAAUCCCAAUGCCUUCUGUUGUAUUCAAGCUAAAAGAAUCAGAGACCAUGUCCAGAAGUCAAAAGUUUUUCAUCUGGCUUUGUGAUAUCCUACUAAUGAGGAAAGCUUUAUUUGACCACCUCACUGCCCGAGGCAUUCAAGUGUAUGUUUGGGUAUUAAAUGAAGAACAAGAAUACAAAAGAGCUUUUGAUUUGGGAGCAACUGGGGUGAUGACAGAUUAUCCAACAAAGCUUAAGGAUUUUUUACAUAAUUUUUCAACAUAG